GGAUACUGCCGAUAAUUUUGUUGGAAGAGGCUGUUUUUUGUGUGGUUAGGUUCAACUAUUCCAUGGCUUUGCUCACAGAGGAGUGAGCGUUGGUUAUAGGAAGGGCAGUUCCGAAACGCAUCACAAUUCACAAGUCUGUUAUAUUACACAGUUCGCGGAGUGCGUUGGAAGAAAAUGGAGGCUCUACAACCGUUCAAAAAUCUCAUCCACUUUGCUUCCUUGAGGUCUAGCCGAGCUAUACAAACCCGAAACCCUUCUUGUUGUUUUAUUGUCCGUUGCUGCUCUUCUCAAUCUGGCGUUCCGCCCUCUACCAUCCCCCACAGAGCAGCUAGCAGUAACCGGCGGUACUCGUCAAACCCCAACCCAUCCACCUCCGACAAAGAAGCCAUUCGCUCCAUUCGCAUAAAAAAGGUGCAGGAAUUAAGAAAUAAGGGGUUAGAACCCUAUGCUUACAAGUGGGAUCGAACUCACACUGCUAAUCAGUUGCAAGAAAUUUAUAGAGAUCUAGUGAAUGGUGAAGAGUCAAACAGUGAGAACGAUUUUGUCUCAAUAUCAGGAAAAAUUGUGGCCCGGAGAACUUUUGGAAAGCUUGCUUUUUUUACUAUGCGAGAUUACUCUGGGACAAUUCAGCUCUACUGUGAGAAGGAAAGGCUCAACGAUGAUCAAUUUGACAAGUUGAAGACACUCGUUGAUGUAGGAGAUAUUUUGGGUGCUUGUGGUUCAAUUAAACGGACUGAGAAAGGGGAGCUAUCAGUUUGUGUGAAUUCAUUCUCAAUUCUUACAAAGUCCCUACUUCCAUUGCCCGACAAGUAUCAUGGCCUAACAGAUGUAGAUAAGCGCUAUCGGCAGAGGUAUGUAGAUAUGAUUGCAAACCCUGAGGUAGCUGAUACCCUUCGCAAGAGGGCAAAGAUUGUUUCGGAAAUUCGAAAAACAGUUGAAUCUUUUGGCUUUGUUGAAGUCGAAACACCAGUUCUCCAGGGUGCAGCUGGUGGAGCUGAUGCUAGGCCGUUUAUUACGUACAACAAUUCUCUUGGAAGGGAUCUUUAUUUGAGAAUUGCGACUGAGCUCCAUUUGAAGCGAAUGUUGGUUGGUGGAUUCGAAAAAGUUUAUGAAUUGGGCCGGAUAUUUAGGAAUGAAGGCAUCUCGACACGUCAUAACCCUGAAUUUACUACUAUAGAGAUGUAUGAAGCAUAUUCAGACUAUCAAAGCAUGAUGAAUAUGGCGGAAGAGAUUGUAACAAGAUGUGCUCGUGCAGUUCUGGGAGAACUCACUGUAUAUUAUCAGGGUUUAGAGAUUUGCUUAGAAAGACCUUGGAGAAGAGAGACAAUGCAUAAUCUUGUGAAAGAAGCUACAGGAAUUGAUUUUAACCAGUUUGGGGAUGAUCUCACAGUUGCUAAAGAACAUGUUCUUCAGUUAGUCAAUGUUUUUGGGGGAGACCAACAGAAAAGCUGCAUUGAAGCAUGUCAAACUGUUGGCCAUUUGCUUAAUGAGGUCUUUGAGAUGGCAGUGGAACCAAAGCUUCUACAGCCUACGUUUGUUUUGGAUUAUCCCAUAGAAGUAUCACCAUUUGCCAAGCCCCAUAGAAGAUAUUCAGGGUUAACAGAAAGAUUUGAACUUUUCAUUUGUGGUCGUGAGCUGGCGAACGCUUUCUCUGAACUAACCGAUCCUCUAGACCAGAGAGGACGAUUGGAAGAACAAGUGAGGCAGCAUAAUGAGAAAAGAGCUGUUGAAGGAAAGGAGAACAAGAAACCUGAUGACUCCUAUGAAAUUACUCUUGAUGAAGACUUUCUAACGGCUCUAGAGUACGGGAUGCCUCCUGCUUCUGGAAUGGGACUGGGCGUUGACAGGCUGGUAAUGCUUUUGACAAACUCUGCCAGCAUCCGUGAUGUUAUUGCUUUCCCCGUCCUCAAGAUCCAACAGUAAUUUAUUGAAUAUUAAUUGAAAGUUCCCUUGUUGAAGGGAAUAUUUUGUUGAAAUCAUAGAACUGUAUGCUUUCGUUUUCUUCAUAGGAUCUAUGGGUACAUUAUCUUCUUAUGGACGCAACGAAAUUGACUUUGAAUAAUGAUUUGCAUUCUUCUGUCCAUUAUACUGUUUUUUAUUAUUAUAACAGAUCAACUUUUCUGAUUAUUUCCAUUAUUCUGUCCAUUAUAAUGAUUUCCAUUAUUUACACUACUGC